ACACCAUCAGAUCCUAGAUGAUGAGGUUCGAUGGUCUUUGUUUUCAUUAUAAUUUCCAUGCUGUCUUUGCACAUCCUCAGCCAUAGCCAUUAUGAGCUCUGUGAACACGGUGAUGGAUGACCUCAUUACGCUGGUCGCAAAGACGGACAAGGAUACACCUCGCUUCAGAAAUUUGAAACGUCGUGCAGAUGACACGUUAAGGUCGCCGUUGUAUGCGCGUACUGACCAGUUUGCUGUAGCGAAGCAACUUGCAGGACUCCAAGAAAAAUUUCAGGUCCUGAGUAAAGAUGACUUGGCAGAUGCUCUUCGAGUUCGGUUGACUGAGCUGGACGAGCAUCGCAGCCCAUGGUUCCCGGAGAUUCUUUCAUUACUUUUACAGCUUGCAGACCGACCAGCUCAGUUGUCGAGGGUAGAUCGGAUUGAGAAGCUUAAGCCGGACGAAGACGCGACGGUCCUAUCCUGGACCAAUUUGGAUGUCUCAGGGUCUGCAUUCUGUGAUGAAGACAUUUGGGAAAGCGUAGAUUUCGGGGCCGGAUCCUCUGAGGAUGAUGACAUUUCCUCGAUUUCUAGCCACUCACAGCUCCCUCGGAGUUUCUCGCAGGUCCCCCUAGUCAAUGGGGACGACUAUGUCAUUCCUGACGAUAUUUUCUCCUCUGGAGAGGAUGAUGAGCUUGUAGCCUCUAUCGAGGGUGUUCAGUUUUGGAGAGAGGAGAGCAUGUCAGACAUCUCAAAGCACGAAAAGGCAUCUUCUCGUUUGGUCACCGAGCUUCAGGCCAUCAGAGAAGCAAUUUUUAUGCUGCAAGGUUUACCUACGUCGCUUUUCUGGCGUCUUGAUGGAAAUGUCGAGGUAGAUCGGAGAUAUACACUCUCCCACCUGUCUUAUGGAUCACUUUCAUCCCUAAUGCGUACACUAAGCUCAUACGGCACCAAGAUCGAUCUUCUGCGAGAAUUCGCAAAAUCCCCGCAAACCGUUUCUUAUCUGCAGACCUUUCAUCGCAGUAUCGAAGAUUCCUUAUGCAAGUUCGACUUAUUCCUCUCCAACAUGCAAUCUCGUUAUCUGUCGCCGAGAACUACUGUGGCUAUUAGUCUCCUGCAGUUGUCUGAGGAUGUGUAUCGUGAAUCAAAACUACUUCUGCUCCUCUCUGACCUCGUUUCUGAUCUCAGACGAAGCGCUGAUAACUCUCCUAUUCGAUGCUUAGAGCUUAUAUACAAUAUGGUUUGCAUGACACAAGCUGCGGGAGAUGACGAUAGCUUCACAAUACUCGCUCAUACGUUCUUUUCAUGUUUCGAUACCUAUGCUCGACCUAUUCGAGAUUGGAUGGAAAAGGGCCAACUCGAAGGUUCUACUGGAGCAUUUUUCAUCCACGAAAACCGCGAGACCAACGACCUACGCAAUCUCUGGCAUAACCGGUACCGGCUGGAAAAGCAAUCGGAAUCGGCGAGUUUGCCCAAAUUUAUUGAGCCCUUUGCUGAGAAGAUUUUUGUGACUGGCAAAAGCAUGGUCUUCCUACGGCACCUGAAUAUGAUCGAGGAAUGUGAAUGGCAAGAGGCGAGAAAAUCAUCAUUGAAAUUCGAGGACACCCAUCCUUCAACCUCCUCCCCUUCAAUCUAUCUCCCUUUUGAUGCAUUGCUCGAAGCUGCCAUCAGCAAAAUGGUCAAUGACUGUCACAAAUUCGCCUCCUCUCGUCUGCGGACUGGGCUAGAUGAGCAAUGCGGCCUAUGGACUUCGCUUGAAGCGCUGGAACACAUCUACCUCUGCAAAGAUAUGAGUGUGAUCGCGCCUAUUGAUGCCAAAAUAUUUGAACUGAUAGACCGAGGGAAAGGAGGCUGGAGCGACCGGUUCCUCCUUACUGAAGUCGCUCAGAGCGCGUUCGGCACCAUGAAUUUCAUUGAUCCAAGUCGGCUGAUUGUCCGAUCAUCUAGAGAUGCGCAUAACAAACCACAUAGCCGCAGCAGAUCGGUGAAGAUCCUCAAUACACUCUCAUUUGACUACGUUCUCCCUUGGCCUGUGGCAAACAUUAUUACGAAACACGGCGUCACCAGCUAUCAGCGACUCGCGACAUUCUUAAUGCAAAUCCGCAGAGCAAAAUACCUGAUCGUGAAACAAGUCUUGGAACGAAACCAUGAAUCCGAUGCACCCUCCAGGAGCAAAGGCAGCGGCACACUUAGCCAUGCCCUUCGUCACCACAUGCUUUGGUUCCUCAACGUCCUCUACAGCCACCUAACUGACUUUGUUAUAUCCUCAACAACCGAAUCGCUCCGCAAAGCCCUAUCCACGGCGACCGAUGUUGACUCCAUGAUAGCGGCCCAUCAUUCGUACAUGGCUUCUCUUGAAGAACAGUGCCUCUUAUCUGAAAACCUCCGUCCACUGCACCAAGCAACCAUCACCUUGCUUGACCUCUGCACCAGCUUCGCCGAUAUGCAAGUAACGCGCUACAAGCAAUAUCACGCAGACCUCAGAAAGACACCUCGAAGACAAUCAAAAGCUCUAAGUACCGGUAUGACACCGAGAAAAACGAGAUACGAAUACUCCUACGGCGAUGAAGACGCAUCAGACAAAGAGGAUGACGAAAGUGAAGAAGGAGAAAAGGAAGAAAAUGAUGAUGAUGAUGAUGAUGAUGAUGAUGAAGUCCACAGCAGCAGUCACCGUCAAACCCCAUUUCACGAAUUCCAAUUCAUCCAACGUCUCCGGGACAUCCAGGAUCAAUUCAACCGACUUAUCACCUUCAUGGCCGCCGGCCUAAAAGCAGUCGGGCGUAUCGACGGCCAGAUCAGCUGGGAGAUGUUAGCCGAAAAACUGGAAUGGAGAAAAGAGGGACGGUUACUUCCAGCUUGAACCGUUUCCCAUUGCUAAAUUCCCCUAGACCAAGAAAAAGCAAAAGUUAUUGACUGCUUAGGUUAGAUGUAAUUGCGAUUUUCAGUCAGUUAUAUUGGGGCCAAUAAUGAAGAGCGCGAGACGACCAGAUGUUAAAAGUGGUGUUUGAAUUUCUUUUUGGCAGGACUGGAAUAGAACCCCAGGGAAGGGGGAUACUAAAAAAGAUUGAUAAUAAUAAUAAUAAUGAUGAUGAUUUAG